AUGGAUGAAGAUUAUGAAGAUUAUUCUACCGAAAUUUUAGAGGAGACAAUAAAAGAACUUGAUAACUCGACCUUAGCACUUGGAGGUUUCGAACAAGUUGGCGAUAAAAAGAUUUAUAAACCAGGAAUUCAAUAUUUAGGUAAUUGCCUUAAAGAUCUUAAGCAAUAUAUAAGAAAUUCAGGUGAUCUCAAAAAUGAUAUUCUUUUAGAACUUGGACAUUUAAACACUCUUCGGAAAGAUUUAAUUCCGAUAUUUCUUUUAAAUUGUGAUGACGUUAAUAAUCAAAAAAAGUUACUCAGGACACAAAUUUGCAUUGAUCCGAUUGGAUUAAAAAGUGACGUUUUUGAAGAAACGGUCGAAUACAGGGAUACAUUCGCAAAGAUGACAAAAAUUAGAAAUUUUCAAGUUGAUUAUAAAUUGGCAUUUAUAGAAAAUCCCAAAGUAAUUGAAUCCCUUGCUGUUAUCUUGGUAACAUUUUUAAGUCAAAAUGAUGACAAAGAAAAGAAAGCAAAUAACAUUAAUAUUUAUGAUUUAAUAAUGAUAUUGAAGAGUGAAGAGGUCCAAAUACUUCAACUUCUUGUUAUUCUGAUGUCAGAGAAAGAUGAAAUUCAUUUAAAUACAAUUGUUCUUGAAAUAUUUUAUCAUAUUUUUUUAAGUUCCGACGCAAAAGAUUUGUUUAAUAAUCCUAAAUUGUUACUUGAGCAAGAGAAUAGAAAGAAAGCUGAAAGUCUCAAAAAUCAUUCACAAUUUUCCGGAGCUGUGUGGAUAGAAAUGCCUAAUGGAGAAGAACGUAUUCUUCAUAAGCGAGAAGCAUUUUGUGGAAAAUUAUUUAAAGCAUUGAAUUCCAAUAAAAGUAAAAAAGUUUCUAAACAAAAACCUCAGGAUGGAUUUGAUAAUAGAAAAUUAUCAAAUCUUACAUAUAAAAAAGAUGUUAGUUGUUUACUUGAAGUGGCAAUUAAUAUAUUGAAAAAUGGAUUUAAUGAUUUGAUGGUAACAAUUUUGAAAGGUUUAGAACAUGGUAGAAUUGAUCGACCAGAACCAAUUGAGUAUGAUUUUAAUGAAAUUGUAGAACUUUUAACUACUAGAGCUUUUUCAUUGGUGAUAAGAAUUAUGAGAAUGCUUAAAGAAAAGAAGAUGUGGCUUGAACUUCAUUUCGGAAUAGAAUGUUUCAAACAAAUGUUGUUUUCGUUGAAUAUGCUUUCUGCUUCAUCAGAUGAAAAUGAUAGAGAUAUAGCAUACGAUAUUCAAGAUGAUCUUUAUUAUGAAAAACUGAAUCUAGAUUUUGUAUUUGAAUUGGCAAAGGAUUAUAAAGAUCAAUCAUUUGGAUAUUAUGAAAGUGUGGUUGGAUUAGUUGACGUUCUAAUGGAUAUGUUGGAAUCAUAUUCCAAAAAAUCCAAAGAUGAAGAAGCAUAUGGUGAUGAAAGAUUUGAUUUUAGAGAGUUUGAAGAAAACUUCUCAACUGAUUCAGUCAUUACUCAUUAUAUUGAUUUAUUAGAAGAAAUUUAUAAGGAUGAAACAAAAUCAACAAUUAUAAUUCAAAUUUUAAAGUUAUUUAAUCGUAUUUGUUCAUAUGAGCAAUCUUAUUUCUUAUUCUUUAGGGUAAAAUUUAUAAAAUUAUUAUAUUGCUCAGAAGAAUAUUAUAGGAAUGUAGAAUCGUAA